CAUCUCAGCAGCGCUCAAGUUGCAGUUGCAGACCAAGAUGAUCCGGCAAGAUUUUCACAGGAUAGACCCGAAACGAAGGGCCACCCUCGACCACAAAAAGAAGCAAUUCGCAAGCCCGACUUUCAAGCAACAGGACUACCCACAUCGCCUGAACUUCUAUGAAAUCCCCCCGACCGAUGAGAUCACGCUGGAACAGUUUGAACAAUGGGCGAUUGACCGGCUGAAAGUCUUGGCUGAAAUCGAAGCCUGUUCUUAUCGAAACAAAUCGCCAGCAGAGACCGAGGCGCACAUCACCCCCCUCCUCCAGAAAUACCUCCCUCUAUCCUCCAACACAUCCUCUUCCAACGGCGCCGCAGAUCAACGGCUGAAAAAUGAACGUCAGAAGGACCAUUACUCCCACUUCAUCCUUCGCUUGGCCUUCUCGGCCACGGAGGACCUCCGCCGGCGGUUCGCGAGAGCAGAAACCAUGCUCUUUCGAUUCCGCUUCCAACGAGACGAUACGAGAGAGAAACGCGCCUUUAUUGAGAGCCUGAACCUGGAAUGGGAACCGGUAGAGGAUGCAGAGAGACAGAGACUUUCCGACCAUUUACUGGGGGCGACCCCAGGUUUACGCCGUGUAGAUGAGGAAACAUGGUACAAGGUGGACUGGGAGAAGGUUCCGGAACUGGUCGAGAGACGAAGUGUUUUCUUGUCUAAGGGGAAAGCGUAUGUGCCCGGCAGAGAACAAGUGAGCAUGAUCAUAGCGGAGUUCACUGCCCGUUUGGAGCGCGCUUUGGAGCUUACGAGUAGAGCCCUCCCACGGCUGGAUGAAGACGACCGGCUCACUCCAAUCCUCAACCACAUGUCGAAGAACUUUGGAAGUGCCGAAUCCGUGUACUCGGAAGGUGAAGGAUUCGUCGACGGUGCAGCGAUCACGGCAAACAACGUUGACCGGCUAUCUCAACAUUUCCCACUGUGCAUGCGCAGUCUUCACAUGAACUUGCGGAAGAACAACCACCUGAAACACUAUGGACGGUUGCAAUAUACCCUGUUCCUCAAAGGAAUCGGCCUGUCACUUGAGGAGUGUAUUGUUUUCUGGCGCCAGGGCUUCAAGAAUUUGACCGACGACGAAUUCAACUCACGAUACAAGUACAACGUCCGUCACGCUUACGGCGAUGUCGGUGGUGAUUCAAAUCGCAGUGGCCGAGGAUACCCCCCAUAUUCGUGCCAGAAGAUUCUCCAAGACUCGAAUCCCGGAGUCGGCCAGUCACAUGGAUGUCCGUACCGCCAUUUCUCUGUUGAUAAUCUGGUCGGGCUUCUGCAGUCCACCGGUGUCAACGAUCGGGAAGUCCUACGCGGGGUGCGAGAAGAUGUUGAGAAGAUGCGGUUCCAUAUCGCUUGCAACAGAGUCUUCGAGUGGACUCACAAAGCAGACAUCAAGCGAGUCAAGGAGGAUGGUACAUGGAACCAGACCGACCUGGACACCAUUGUCCACCCCAAUACCUACUUCAAGCGCAGCUAUCUCUUGAAGCAGAUGGGACAGGCGCCGAGAAACACAUGAAAACCAUGGUGAUGGGUCCACGAAGCCACGUUCCAUUGCAUUUGUUUGUCGUUUGCGAAUUUCCACCACGCGGGCGUUUCAGGUCAGGAUAUGGGAGGACGCAAGGUCCUGGUUCUUAGGUAGAUAUAGUAUAUGUAAAUUGAAAGCAUGAAAUUUCCACGGU